AUGGCAAACAUAUUGGUUACUGGAGGAGGGCGUGGCCUUGGCCUUGCUCUUGUCCGUCAACUGGUUGACGACUCAAGCGUUGCAAAGCUUUUUGUUACGACGAGAGGAAGCCCGCCGGCCGAACUGAGCGCUAUUAUUAAUACUUCUGGCAAAAAGGUCAUCCACAUAAAGUGCGAAGUUGUCGAAACCGCAAGUGUUCGACGUGCCGCUGCUGAAGUAGAAGAAAAACUCGAAGGGGAAGGGCUUGACGUCUUGAUCAACAAUAUCGGUUCAAUGCCAAUUACGCCCGAAGGAAUUCACACAAUGGAUGCGGAAGAAUUGCUUCAAGUUUUUGACGUCAAUGUCGUCGCAGCUCAUAGAGUUACCGCUGCACUUAUCCCGUCCCUGAAACGGGGAAAAGAAAAGAAAGUUAUCAUGGUUUCGUCGACUUUGGGCUCAGUUGCGUGGGCGGAUCGUUACCUCUGGUCACCAGUAUACGCGUAUAAAAUUACCAAAGCUGCGAUGAGUAUGUUGACAGUGCAAUAUGCAACACAGUAUAAGAAGGAAGGAUUCACUUUCUUAUCUUUAAGUCCAGGAUGGUUGAAAACAGACAUGGGUUCCGAUAAAGCCGAUCUCGAUGUCGCAACAGGAGCUAAAGCGGUAAUGGAUCUUAUCAACAAAGCAGACACUAGCUACAACGGAAAGUUUUACAACAUCUUCGUUUCAGGCUGGGAGCAUGCCGAAGGAGUAAACCAAUACGAUGGCCUUGAAAUCCCAUGGUAG